AUGCUGGCGGGAGAGGAGUUAAAGAAAGGGGCGUGGACCCCGGAAGAGGCGCCAUUCAGCGAGUAUGAAGACGCAGUCAUCCUCAAGGCGCACGACAUCCACGGCAACAAGUGGUCGGUUAUCGCGAAGCUCCUGCCCGGGCGCACCGACAAUGCUGUGAAGAACCGAUGGAACUCCACGCUCAAGCGCAAGGCGGGCACCCAGGGGCUGCGCAACAGGUUCCUCGCAAAGGGCGUCACCCUGGAGAUGCUGAUGACGCAGUACGCCCACCACGCCCACGACAACGCGGCUCCCGCCCACCACGGCGGCGGCCGCGGCGGCGGCGGCGGCGGUGCGUCCGACUACAGUGACUCGGGCGAUGAGGACGACCAGCCGGGCGACGCCGACGGCGGCGGCUCGACGGGCUCUGGGGCUAGCGACGAUGACGGCGCGUCGCCGUCGGUGCAGGGGCGCCACGUGAUACAGCAGCAGCACGCCGUGCAGCAGCAGCAACAGCAGCAGCAGCAGCAGCACGGCGCGCAGCAGCAGCAGCAGCGCGCGAUGCAGCAGCAGCAGCAGCAGCAGCAGUACCAGGCCAGCCGGUUCUACCGCGCCGCGGCCGGCGGCUGCGCGGGGCCCCCGCACCUGCAGCUGCGGGUCCAGACGAGCCGCCUCUCCGGCGCCGCCGCCGCCGCGCGCUGCGGCAGCGCGGGCACCAUGUUCAGCGAGGAGGACGACUGCACGGACACGUUUGACUUCCACUAUGCCGCCGCGGGCACCAGCCCGGGCGUGCACGGGACCGGCGUGUCGCCGUACCCAAGGGGGCCGUCGAACCUGGACGAUGCCUACCCCCACAACACGAUUCAGGGGCUGCUGGACGAGUUUGCGGCCGCCGGCGCCGCGGCGGCGGCCGCGGCCGCCGCGGCCAGCGCGGGGCUGGAAGACAUCUGCGGCGGCGGCGGCGGCGCGCAAGGCGCGGCGGCCGCGGGCACUGCAGCCUCGGCGGCCGCCUGCCCCGAUGCCGCGUGCAGCGCGGCCGCGGACGGUGGGGCCGACACGCGCGUGGACGCCCCCUGCGGCGCGGACACGGCGGCGGCCGCCACAGUCGCGUCGGCCGCUUCCGCCGCCGCCACGGCUGCGCCAGUGCAGCCGGCAGCGCCCGCGUGGCCGGCCCUGGUCCUGCGCGCCGCGAGCGGCGGCGAGUUUGGCUCGAAGCGCGACAUUGUGUCCAGCCUGUCUGGCGCAGCGGACGCGCGGCUUCUCGUCGGCCGUUUCGGCCGCCACCGCGGUCGUGCGUGA